ACUUUACCAAAUCCCAACACGACUUUUACUUUUCACAUCUCUACCACCACAAAUCAUGAAGACAUCUCUGGUCCUCCUUGCCCUCAGUCUGCUGGCUUGUUCAGUUUGGGAAAUCCAAGGGCAAUGCAGAGAGGAUGACCAGGAAGCACAGUCGGAAAAGUGCAUGGAGGAAACACUAUUUGGAACCUGCUGGGUGUGUAAGUGGGCACUGAAAAAAGUGAAGGAAUCCACCUCCACUUCCGAUAGCCAGGAGACACUAAAGCAGAAGCUACUGUCUGUUUGCGAUAAAGUUGGCUUUCUAAAAUCUAUGUGUAAAGGCCUGAUGAAAAAACACUUGUGGGUGCUGAUUGAGGAGCUUAGCACAAGCGAUGAUGUGAGGACCAUCUGUGUUAACAUUAAGGCCUGCAAACCAAAGGAAAUUUUGGACCUGAGCUACUGACCAUGCAGCCAGUAUCCAGAUUCCAAAGUCAAAAGAUGGAUGUCAGGUGUCAAGACAAUGCUAUGCUGCCAGCCUCUUGGUCUUCUUUUUCAAACUAGUCACAACACAAGCAUAUAAAUGGAUGAUUAAGUUAUUGGAAUGAUUAUGUUAUUGGAAUGAUUAAUUACGUGGGAACACGUAUUAUAGUUAAGCAAUAAGGCCAGAGGGGGUGUGGUACAAGGCCAAUUUACCAUGGCUAUGGGCUGUUCUUAUGCACCACGCAACGCUAUGGUAUAAUGGCCCUAUCCCACAAACCAUAAACAUGUUACCAAUGUAAUUAGAACAGUAAGUUAGUCGUUUUGCGUCAUACCCGUGGUAUAUUGUCUCAUACGAUCCAGUUUAUAAUAGUUAUAAUCAUUCUUAAAUUGCAGUACAUUUUGUAUCAUCUCCAAAUGUAAACCUUUUGCUACUUUAGUCCCAAAUGUUGAACAUUUUUAAUGUUUGUUUGUGUGAACUUUUUGGCUAGCUAAAAAAUAAAGCUCAAUUGAUAG